GCUUAGCAGUUUCACACGGUCACACACACAAACCAUUCAAUUUUCUUCUACAAAUCAUCGACAAUAUGAACGCUAUUUGUAGAAGCUGUGCUCCUAUUUUGAGGCGGGCAUUGGGCAGCAGUCCAAGAUUAUGCCGACUUCACAAUGCCAAAUUUUCAACACAUCGGGUCUGCAGGAUGCUGGCAACCAAUCACAGACUGCAAGAUGCUCCGCUGACGUUAAGGUGCUACAGCAGUGAUGCAAUACCAGCGCCUCCCCUUGACGGAGAAAUCAAAUAUCCAGAAAAGAUUUCCAGAAUCGUAGAGCAGAUUUCAAGCCUCACUGUGGCAGAGGUUGCGGAUCUGAAUAAAUUAUUAAAGCAAACAUUAGGAAUACAAGAUGCUCCAGUUAUGGCCAUGGGAGGUUUUGCAGCACCCGCCCAAGAACAGGAGGAUGAUGAAGAUGCUGAUGUUGUUGUUAAACCAAAAGAAAAAACCCAGUUCACCGUGAAACUCACCAAAUUUGAUGAAACAAGUAAAGUCAAGCUCAUCAAACAAAUAAAGGCUCUAACAAGUGGCAUGAAUCUUGUACAGGCGAAGAAGUUUGUUGAGUCCGCACCUCAGGUAGUCAAAGCCGAUGUCAGCAAAACGGAAGCUGAGGAGAUGAAGAAACAAUUGGAAGAAGCCGGGGGUAGCUGUGAAAUUGAAUAACCUUCAACCCUGGGAAGGAUACCUUCACUGUACAUUAUUAAAUUGUCAACCACAAACCCAAUUUUUCCAUCGUCCUUCAAAGACAUUGCACCUAAAACUGUUAAUGGCUUAAAAUUAGUUUCUUAACAGAAGUCAGGAAAUAUGCAUAGAAACCAAACUGUAAACAUUAAUUUCAGGCCUGGUUCUUCACACAGUCAACAAAGGCAAUUGCUUCCAUGACCCCUGGACAACACUUGGUGCCCUUGAAAUUGUCAAGUAGAAAUUUUAAAUGU